GCGAGUCACGAUGAUGGCGGCCACCAUCGUGUGGUGAGCUAGCGGAUUCCCUGCUGUUCUCUCCGAGUCCUUCGCGUCUCCGGCUGCAGACUCAGGGGGCUGGCGGCGGGCACGUGAGGAAGCCCGGAGGCCCGAGCUCGCGCGGGGGGGAAGGCCGCAGUCGCGGAGGCAGCGGCGGCGCGGCCCGGGGCCCGGGGCCCGGAGGAGAGGCCGCUCGGCUGGCUGGGCGAAUGUGACAAGCCCCCACCCCCAUCGCCUUCCUCCCGAGACCGCGAGCAGCGCGGGCGACCCCAGGAUCCGGCCGGGCUCCAGACCCCGCCCAGCGGCCAGCGACCCGGCGGAGGCCCGGCAGCAGCCGAGCUGCGCGGCGGCGGCGGCAACCAUGCAGGUCACUCUCAAGACCCUUCAGCAGCAGACCUUCAAGAUCGACAUCGACCCGGAGGAGACGGUAAAAGCUCUGAAAGAGAAGAUUGAAUCUGAAAAGGGGAAAGACGCCUUUCCAGUAGCAGGUCAAAAAUUGAUUUAUGCAGGCAAAAUUCUCAAUGAUGACACUGCUCUCAAAGAAUACAAAAUUGAUGAGAAAAACUUUGUGGUGGUUAUGGUGACCAAACCCAAAGCAGUGACAACACCAGCACCAGCUACAACUCAGCAAUCAAGUGCUGCCACCACUACCACAGUUAGUUCCUCUACAGCAGCAGCUGUCACUCAGGCCUCAGCACCUGCCGCUGCUUCGGCCCCUACGUCCACGCCUGCAUCCGUUGCUCCUGCAUCAACGACGGCGUCUUCUGAACCUGUACCUGCUAGUGCAACUAAGCCAGAGAAACCUGUAGAACAGCCAGCAGAGACACCAGUGGCUACUAGUCCAACAUCAACUGACAGUACGUCGGGAGAUGCAUCUCGGUCAAACCUUUUUGAAGAUGCAACAAGUGCACUUGUGACAGGCCAGUCUUACGAGAAUAUGGUAACUGAGAUCAUGUCGAUGGGCUAUGAACGAGAGCAAGUCAUUGCAGCCUUGAGAGCCAGUUUCAACAACCCUGACAGAGCUGUGGAGUAUCUUCUAAUGGGAAUCCCAGGAGAUAGAGAAAGCCAAGCUGUGGUUGAGCCCCCUCAAGCAGCUAGUACUGGAGCCCCUCCGUCUUCAGCCGUGGCCACAGGUGCGGCGACCACAGCCGCGACGACGACAACAGCAAGUUCUGGAGGACAUCCUCUUGAAUUUUUACGGAAUCAACCUCAGUUUCAACAAAUGAGACAAAUUAUCCAACAGAAUCCUUCCCUGCUUCCAGCAUUGCUACAACAGAUAGGUAGAGAGAAUCCUCAGUUACUACAGCAAAUUAGCCAACACCAGGAGCAUUUUAUUCAGAUGUUAAAUGAACCAGUUCAGGAAGCUGGCAGUCAAGGUGGGGGAAGUGGAAGUGGUAGUGCUGGAAUUGCAGAAGCUGGAAGUGGUCACAUGAACUACAUUCAAGUAACACCUCAGGAGAAAGAAGCUAUAGAACGGUUAAAGGCAUUAGGAUUUCCUGAAGGACUUGUGAUACAAGCAUAUUUUGCUUGUGAGAAGAAUGAGAAUUUGGCUGCCAAUUUUCUUCUACAGCAGAACUUUGAUGAAGAUUGAUUGAAAGGGACUCUUUUGUAUCUCACACGUCACACCAGUGCAUUACACUAACUUUGUUCACUGGAUUGUCUGGGAUGACUUGGGCUCAUAUCCACAAUGCUUGGUAUACGGUAGUAGAUCGUUGGGGGGUGGGGAGGGAGGGGUCUAGGACAUAGGGCAGGGAUAAAUACAGUGCAUGUCUGCUUCAAGUAGCAGAUGCCGCAAAUCCACACAGUGUGUAAAAUAUGAUACAACCAAAAAUCAGCUUUUGCAGGUCUUUACUUCUUCGAUAAAGCAGUAGGUAACUUUUCCUAGGUUUCACUCUUUUUAGUGUACUAGAUCCAGAAUUUAGUGUAAUGCCCUGCUUUAUUUCUUUGACUUAACAUCAGUUUCAGAAAGAGUCUUUGCUACCUAGAAUUUUGGUCUCUGUCUCAUGGCAACACUGGAUAAUAGCUUUGUCAGCAAGAUCGUUUGGAGCAACUACAGACAGAAAUGCCAAGUUAUUGAUGGUUGUUGCUGCUUCACUUGACUAUAAACUUAAUAUGUAAGGAAGCCCAUUUGAUGUUAAAUACUUGGGGUGGGGAAGGGGAGAAAGGGAACCUUUUCUUAAAAAAUGAAAAUAAUGACUGCUAUUUUGAAAUUUGCUGAUCACUGAAUUGAAUGUGAGACCCUGCUAACAUGAUUUGGGAAGCUGUACAAGUAUAGGCAGAGUUAUUUUCCUGUUUACAAUUUUUAUGUUUGUUUUGGGGGAAGAUUGAUAGGUGUCUACUUACUGUUUACUUUAUUGUUACGUUGCAGUAAAAAAUUUAAAACCACCA